GCCCGGUCCCUGCCACGCAGACUUCCGCCCGGCGGGGAGAGCAGGUGCCCGUGGCGGGUCGUGUCGGAGGUGAGGUCGUUGACGCUCGGCGUGGAGCCUCAGCGCAGGAACCAUGUCGGAAGGAAACUCGGCGGGCGAGCCCAGCAAUCCUGGAGGGCCGCGACCCCUUCUCUCUGGGGGCCGGGGGCUGAUCGGCCGACGGCCCGCACCCCCCCUUACGCCGGGCCGCCUUCCCUCCAUUCGCUCCCGGGACCUCACUCUUGGCGGAGUCAAGAAGAAAACCUUCACCCCAAAUAUCAUCAGUCGGAAGAUCAAAGAAGAACCGAAGGAAGAUGUAACCAUGAAGAAGGAAAAGCGUGAGCGGGACAGAGACCGCCAACGUGAGGGUCACGGGCGGGGGCGUGGCCGCCCGGAAGUGAUCCAGUCCCAUUCUAUCUUCGAGCAGGGCCCUGCAGAAAUGAUGAAAAAAAAAGGGAACUGGGAUAAGACAGUGGAUAUGUCGGACAUGGGACCUUCCCAUAUCAUCAACAUCAAAAAAGAGAAGAGAGAAACAGACGAAGAGACCAAGCAGAUCCUGCGCAUGCUGGAGAAGGAUGAUUUCAUCGAUGACCCAGGGCUCAAGAAUGACACACGGAACAUGCCCGUGCAGUUGCCACUGGCUCAUUCAGGGUGGCUUUUUAAGGAGGAGAGUGAAGAGCCAGAUGUUAAGCCUUUUUCAGCUGGCCCCAAGGAAGAAGACAUGGAAGUGGACGUGCCUUCUGUAAAAGUGAAAGAGGAGCCACGGGAUGAGGAAGAGGAGGCCAAGGCGAAGGCCCCUUCCAAAACAGCCAGGAAGACCCCUGGUCUCCCGAAGGACGUGUCUGUGGCAGAGCUGCUCAGGGAAUUGAGCCUCAGCAAGGACGAGGAGCUGCUCUUCCUUCAGCUGCCUGAUACCCUUCCUGGGCAGCCACCCACUCAGGACAUCAAGCCUAUCAAGACAGAGGUGCAGGGCGAGGAUGGACAGAUGGUAGUCAUAAAGCAGGAGAAAGACCGGGAAGCUAGGUUGGCAGAGAACGCUUGUACCUUGGCUGACCUGACAGAGGGUCAAGUGGGCAAGCUGCUCAUCCGAAAAUCGGGGAAGGUGCAGCUCCUCCUGGGCAAGGUGACCCUGGAUGUGACCAUGGGAACAACCUGCUCUUUCCUGCAGGAGCUGGUGUCUGUGGGCCUUGGAGACAGCAGGACAGGGGAGAUGACAGUCCUGGGACAUGUGAAGCACAAACUUGUGUGUUCUCCCGAUUUUGAAUCCCUCUUGGAUCACAAACACCGGUGAAAUGAACAGAUGGAGGAGGAUGGUGACUGCCCACGGCUGCUGCCUGCUCCAGACGUUUUGUUCUCAAAGCCAUGCAGCCCAGAAGGGACCCGGUUAGCCCACCCACUGCAGCCUUUGGCAGCUGCGGUUCCAGUUUCUCCCGAUUAGGGCCCAUGCUGCAGCCCCCACCCCCACCCC